AUGUCCACACCACCCCCGCCCUCGCCCACAGCCUCAGCCUCGGCCUCGGUCCCUGCCUCGCCAGUCUCCACCAAGAAGGCCCAGCCUCUGCCAUGGACGCACGAAGAGACGGUGCAGAUGAUCCGGGCCUACCAGGAAAAGUGGUACAAGCUGAGAAGAGGUCCGCUCAAGUCGAGUCAAUGGGAGGAGGUGGCGGUGACGGUGGCAGCUCGAUGCGGCUACGAGCACGCCGAGCAGUCCAAGACCGCCACUCAGUGCCGUCACAAGAUGGAGAAGCUCCGGCAACGGCACCGUACACUGAAGAAGCGCCUCCGGCCCGGGUCGAGGUCGCGUUGGCCCUUCUUCGAGCUCAUGGAGAGCUUGGAGCGCGGUCCCAUGCCCAUCUCCUCCAGACCCAUGGCUGUGAUGCCAUGUCAGCCAGAAGAAGAAGAAGAAGAAGGGCAGCGUCAUGAUCGUCAUGGCGUUGAUGUUGAUGGUGAGGAUGAUGAUGAGGAGAAUUCCAGUAAGGUGCGGAGUAUUGAUUACAUACUACGGAGGCCCACGAUUGUGAAUAGGUUUUCUGGAGGACAAGCCUCGUUUUGGCAGGACACAGCGGCGAUGGCAGCGGCAGCCAGGAGAUCGAGAGACGCGGUGGACGGUGGCGGUGGCUACAAUGGCUAUGUGGUGGAGCCGCUCCAGAUGGGGGGAGAGAGGCUGUGGAAUUAG